ACGUGGACGUCGUCAAGGGCAACCACCUGCACUUUGGCUUCUAACUGUCGCUGCAAGUACAUCUCGCUCUUCAGCCUGAUGUCACAUGCAAAAGUUUAGAGGUUCCUAAUCAGAGCGGAUUCUUCGGGAGCAGAGGACGCUCGCUGAACUGGAGGAUAACGCCACUUGUCCCUUUGCUGUGGCUUGGACACCUGUCUUCUGCGUCCUCCAGUAUCCUGGCCAUUUGCAGGCAUUCCCACGAUGUGGCUGUUUUUAACAACAACCUGUUGUUUGAUCUGUGGAACUUUAAAUGCUGGUAGAUUCUUUAAUUUGGAAAAUGAAGCGAAUCCUGAAGUGUGGAUGAAUAUUAGUGAGAUCAUCACCUAUAAUGGCUACCCCAGUGAGGAGUAUGACGUCACCACCCAGGAUGGCUACAUCCUCAGCGUGAACAGAAUUCCCCAUGGACGAAGAGGUGCUGGGAGCACAGGACCCCGGCCAGUCGUAUAUCUGCAGCACGCCUUAUUUGCAGACAAUGCCUCUUGGCUGGAGAAUUAUGCCAAUGGCAGCCUUGGAUUCCUUCUAGCAGAUGCAGGUUAUGAUGUCUGGAUGGGAAACAGUCGGGGCAACACUUGGUCAAGAAGACACAGAACACUCUCAGUGACUGAAGAAAAAUUCUGGGCCUUUAGUUUUGAUGAAAUGGCCAAAUACGAUCUCCCAGGAAUAAUAGACUUCAUCGUGAAUAAAACCGGUCAGGAGAAGCUGUAUUUCAUCGGGCACUCACUUGGCACCACGAUAGGGUUUGUAGCCUUUUCCACCAUGCCUGAACUGGCACAAAGAAUCAAAAUGAAUUUUGCCUUGGGUCCUGUGGUCUCAUUCAAAUAUCCCACGGGCAUUUUUACCAGUUUUUUUCUACUUCCAAAUUCCAUAAUCAAGGGUGUUUUUGGUACCAAAGGUGUAUUUUUAAAGACGGGAAAGGUGUCGGCCCUCAAAAUCUGCAACAAUAAAAUAUUAUGGGUGAUAUGUAGUGAACUUAUGUCCUUAUGGGCUGGAUCCAAUAAGAAAAAUAUGAAUAUGAGUCGAAUGGACGUGUAUAUGUCCCACGCUCCCACCGGGUCAUCAAUGCGGAACAUCCUGCACAUAAAACAGCUUUAUGGAUCUGAUGAAUUCAGAGCUUAUGACUGGGGAAGCGAAGCUGAGAACAUGAAUCACUACAAUCAGAGCCGUCCCCCUCUCUAUGACUUGACCGCCAUGAAGGUGCCGACUGCCAUGUGGGCUGGUGGCAAUGACGUCCUUGUGACGCUCCAGGACGUGGCCAGGGUAAUCCCCCAAAUCAGGAAUCUCCGGUACUUUGACCUCUUGCCUGACUGGAACCACUUCGAUUUCAUCUGGGGCCUGGACGCCCCUCAGCGGCUGUACAGUAAAAUCAUAGCCUUGAUGAAGUCAUGCUCCUGACUGCAGCGCCCUCCUUCUUGGUCACAAGUUGCCUGCGGGCCCACGGGAGGCGUGGGGAAAGAGGCCGAUGGGCAGGGAGGUCUUCUCCAGCGUCCUUCACGCUGUGUGCUGUUGCCGAGGGGCUCCCUUAGCCGGCGUCCGGCGAGGAAUCAUCUCAGCUGCGCUGCUCUCCGGCUAAGGAAUGCACGCACCUGAAAUCUCCCACCUGUCCCCCUCAGCCAGGGCUAGACCCCACUUUCAUCUCUGCGAAAUACGCAUUGGGAGAGUAGUGCAAAGAGGCCUUUCCCUUUCCUAAUGCAAGUCAAUUUCCCAGAAGGAAAGGCUCUGUAAAGGCAGCCCUUUGGGAAUAUCUUCUGGGUGGCCAUGAUCCCAGGGCCUACUCAAAAUCACAGUCAGGGCCAGAGUCGUCACGGCCGUCUGUACACAGGCCAUGAAAAUCAGCUGCGGCCCACAUCAGCAUGAAAGAGAACAGCACACGGGAAAAAAAGAACACAAUUGAAGUAUUCUGGGAGCCCGUUUUACUGUUAUAAGCUAGGAAAAAAGAUAGAGAGAGAGACAAAAUUGGCAAAGACUAGGUAGGAUAUGCUGGAUUACUGAUUAUUCUGAAGUUACAACACAUGAGAAAUAAUUAUCUCUGAUUUAAAGAUAAGUUAAACGGAUCACCAGCAGUGUCUUCAUGGUCAAAGUGGGAUUUAUACCAUUGCUUGCACCCAAGUGACACUUAAAGCAGCUUCCAGAAAGCCUAUUUUAGAAGCAGCAAGGGAGGCACUAGGACUAUUCCAAGUCUCGCUCUAUUUCAUUCUCUAAAUGAUGCCAGGCGUUGAUUCUAGGACUCAGUACGGAUUCCAAGAGUAGCGUGAAGUUUUGUGUCUGUUUCUGGAUUCCUGAGCAAUGGAAACUUGCGAAAGUUCUUUACCGUCUAUGAAGAUGUCAUUAACGGAAAACUGCUUAGAAUCCUCAAGGAAUCAUAAAUAAAUGAUACACAUGCAUAACUCCCACAGUUAAUUCAAAACAGGGAAAUGUAAAUUAGCUCCCUAAUAUUUGUAUGUAGGACCUGGGUCUGUUGGAUGUCAAAUACCACAUAACCAUUCUUCAAUAAAUAAUUCAUACAUCA